AUGCUCGGCUGCCUGCAGUUCUCUGAACAACAUCAUCUCUCUCUACACGGACGACGAAAGCUCGGACUCGAAUGCCAGACACACCAGACUCAAAGGCAACAAUCAAAGAACAUCGCUUCUGGAGAUGCGGUGACUUCGCCCUCAUCUCAAGCGAUGGUCAUCGGUGCCGAGUUGACUCGACAGUUCUGUGCUGGGCGAGGUGAGAUCGGUUCCUUCCCUCCCCUCGCUGACACCAGUGCUGUGAUGCGAGAUACGAUCCACUCCUGCUCUGGCACGCCGAAGGAGGUUUCCCUCUCCGAUCCAAAGAUCGAGUGCGCACCUGUCAUCGAACGCUUCCUCGAGAUCAGCGCCAAGGGCAAACUCCUAAACUGGACGAAUGACUUCAAAAUGUGCGAGACGCUGUGUGACACAGUCGCCUUCAUGCGCAAGUAUGACUGCGAGGGCCCGCUGGCGAUCAUGCGCAUGCACGUGCUGAAUCAGCUCCUCCUGAAGCAGCUUGCGCCUCUGUACGUUUUCAUGGUCGCUGCGGCAAUGGACGACGUCGAACUCUCGAUCCUCGCUUUCCGGCACCGGUACGACGUGACGUACUUCGAGGCAGUUGAGAACCAGAUCCUGCCUGCGAUGACUGGAAGUACUCGACCAUUCGACUUCAUCAGCUUCAAUGCUCGUGGAGGAGCGGGGAGCAUUUCGGACCCGACAGCACAUGGCCCUACCAACUCUGGGCCAUAG